AUGUCAGGCUACUCUCGUCAUGACGAAUACGACGCGAGACAGCAGACGGGACACCAUGCCGCCCAAGAGUACGAUGAAGAGUAUGGUCAGCCGACACAGCAGGGAGGUCAGUACGGCUACCAGCAGACCAACAAUGCCUCUCAAUCCACCCAUACGCUCGUUUCUCCCACAGUCUCUCGCAUGCCCAGCGGCAGGUCUACCUCCUCAGCCACACAUGCCCAACAGCAGCAGCAGCAGCAGCAGCAGCCCUAUAGCGCCUACCCACCCUCCCCACAUCGAUCGACUUCACCCGGCUAUCAGUUCAACGACUAUGGCUAUCCUGUCGGUCAAUAUCCGGGUAGCUUUGCAGCGCCUGAUGGCAAUACACAGGCCUCAGAAUCUCACUUGAUCAAGCGGGAUAGCACAAUGGCUGCUUGGCAAGCGCGUCAGAACCGGCCAAUGGACUGGCAAGAAGGCGCUCCCGGCGCAUCGGACGGCAAGGGAGCAGGUCUCAAGCGAGCAGGCACAAGACGAGUCAAGCUGACACGGGGUCACUACGUCGUCGACCACAAGGUGCCCACGCCCGUUUCUCGCGCCAACGAGCCCAUUAUUCUUCCCUCGGCUGGCGAUCCCAAUGAGUUUGAUAACCUGCGCUACACUGCAGCUACUGUAGAUCCAGACGACUUUACAGUCGACAAUGGCUGGAUUCUACGCCCUGUCCAGAUGAACCGACAGACAGACCUCCUCAUUGCCAUCACUUACUACAACGAGGACAAGAUCCUGUUGGCGCGAACCCUGCACAGCGUAAUGCUCAAUGUUCGCGACAUGGUCAAAGCAAAGUGGUCAGAAUUCCGUCAAGCUGCUGCUGGAGACAACGGCACAGCUUCUGGCGAUCUUUCGUGGAAGCGCAUCGUCGUUUCGCUCAUCUUUGACGGUGUCGGUCCUGCUGACAAGUCUGCGCUGGACGUGCUGGCCACGAUGGGAAUCUAUCAAGAUGGCAUCAUCCAAGGCUCUGUCGAUGGACAGGACACGGUAGCGCACAUCUUUGAGUUCACCUCGGCCCUGUCCAUGUCGCCCAAGCUCAAGCUCGUCACGCCUACGCCCAAUGACCCUGCGAGCAUGGUGCCCGUUCAAUUCAUCUUUUGCCUCAAAGCAAAGAACGAGAAAAAGAUUAACAGUCAUCGCUGGCUGUUCAAUGGGCUCGCUCGCCAAUUGAGCCCAGAAGUCGUCGUGCUCAUCGAUGCAGGCACAAAGCCAGGCGCUCGCUCCAUCUACUACCUCUGGGAGGCUUUCUACCACGAGGAGAACCUCGGCGGCGCUUGUGGCGAGAUCCACGCGAUGAUCAAAGGCGGCAAGAAGCUCAUCAAUCCCCUUGUUGCAGCUCAGAUGUUCGAAUACAAGGUGGCCAACAUUCUCGAUAAGCCGACCGAGUCUGCUUUCGGGUAUGUGUCCGUCUUGCCAGGCGCUUUCUCUGCCUAUCGCUGGACAGCAAUUCAAGGACGCCCGCUGAGCCAGUACUUUCACGGUGAUCACUCCCUUGCGGCAAGGCUGGGCAAAGACGGCGUGCAGGGCAUGUCUAUCUUCAAGUCCAACAUGUAUCUCGCCGAAGAUCGGAUUCUGUGCUUCGAAUUGGUAGCCAAAGCGAACGCGCGCUGGACGCUGGGCUACGUCAAGCCCUCGAAAGCAGAGACGGAUGUUCCAGAAAGUGUCGUCGAGCUGAUCGGGCAACGUCGUCGAUGGCUCAACGGCUCCUUUGCUGCAUCGUUAUACUCUCUCGCUCAUUUCGGGCGAAUCUAUCGCAGCAAUCAUGGCAUCAUCCGCAUGUUCUUCCUGCAUAUCCAGGCCAUCUACACCAUCUUUGGUACCUUUCUCGGCUGGUUCGCGCUCGCCAACUGGCUUGAGACCUUCAAGCUUAUCACCGAAAUUGUGGCGACUAAUCUGUUUGAUCCCUCGUCGCUCUCCAAUGAAAUCGACAGGAAAUGUUGGGCCGGCAGUCCAUUCGAGCAUAAUCCCAAUGGAACCUUUGUGCAGAAGCACAAUAUGCUCGGCACAAUCAACUUCUUCCUUGUGGACAUCUACCUGGCCACGCUCAUGACUGUACUGGUGCUGUCACUCGGUAAUCGUCCAAAGGGCGAGCCCGCAGCUUAUACGGCGGCAUUCGUCAUCUUCGGCUUGCUUGCAGCCUGGCUCAUGGCUGCCACGAUCGUUCUCACCAUACGCUCAUUCUGUCCAAUCACGGACGAGAUUCAGAAGGCUGGCGGCUCUGUCUUGACAGUACUCUUCAACAAUGACUACGGUCCGAUCAUGGCAGGUCUCGCAGGCACAUUCGGCCUCUACAUCUUAUCCGGCCUUCUCUAUCUCGAUCCUUGGCACAUUCCGUUCGCAAUGCCACAGUACUGCGUCGUAGCGCCAAGCUUUACAAACGUUCUGAACGUCUUUGCGUUCUGCAAUCUACACGACGUGUCAUGGGGUACGAAAGGCUCCGAUUCUGCAGCAAGCCUUCCCAAGGCCAAGGUAGAGAAAGACAAGGAUAAAGAAGACGAGCCGGCAGUCGUUCAGGUCUAUGAUCGCCUUCAGGCAGACGUAGAUGCAGACUUCAAACUCACGAUCUCCCGCGCGCUCUCGCCGCACAUCGUUGAGGAAGAGGUCGCAGCGAGAGAUCCAGACGAUUGCAACAAGCAGUUCAGAACUCGUCUUGUUGCAAUCUGGCUCUUCACCAACGUUGUCCUCGCAGUCGCUGUCGGCCGGCUCUCGAAGCGCAAUCAGACGCAUUACUUCCAAGCCCUUCUCCUCGCUACUUUUGCUGUGAAUUUGGUCCGCUUUCUGGGCUUGCUCUACUUCCUUAUCGGUGCCUAUACAUUCCGCUUUAUCAGGCUCUGUGCAGGAUGGUUCAAAUGCUCAGGGAGCCGAUAA